GGGGGAGCGAGCGCCCGGCGGAGCGGGGAUGCGGAGCGAGGCGAUUUAAGCUAUAAAGCCUAGCAAGGCGCAGGGCAGAAAUCGCCCGCAGCGGGUUUCCCGGCGAGAGGGGCGAUGUGCAACGCGUGUCGCUUCUGAAGGGCUCGGACAAAAGCCGGCCGCGGGUGCCGAGAGAGCCCCCGGCUGCGCGUGCCCGCGGGUGCCUGGGUCCGUCUGGAGAGGAUACAGGAUGCUUUAUUGCACUGCGGCGGUUUCGCGGCUCUUGGGAGCAGCCCCCCAGCGGAAAGUAAACUGUCAAAACUAGCGUAGCAGAACAUCCCCGCGGAUUUUUUUCCCCCCCUGCACCGGCAUCGGCGUUGGUGGGAAUAGGAAGAUUUGCCUUCACUGUAAGUGCUCCCAGGAAGAGCACAUCGUAACAGUUAUGCCUCUGGAGAUGGAGAAGACCGUCACCAAGCUCAUGUUUGACUUCCAGAGGAAUUCGACUUCUGAUGACGACUCUGGCUGUGCCUUGGAAGAGUACGCGUGGGUUCCUCCGGGCCUGAAACCCGAACAGGUCCACCAGUACUACAGCUGCCUCCCCGAAGACAAGGUCCCCUACGUGAACAGCCCCGGAGAAAAAUUGCGCAUUAAGCAGCUUUUGCACCAGCUGCCCCCGCACGACAAUGAGGUCCGCUAUUGCAAUUCCUUGGAUGAGGAGGAGAAGAGGGAGCUCAAACUCUUCAGCAAUCAAAGGAAGAGGGAAAAUUUAGGGAGAGGCAACGUCCGGCCAUUCCCUGUAACCAUGACUGGAGCCAUUUGCGAGCAGUGUGGGGGCCAGAUCAACGGCGGGGACAUGGCUGUCUUCGCCUCGCGAGCAGGGCACGGCGUCUGCUGGCACCCCCCUUGCUUCAUCUGCAGCAUUUGCAACGAGCUGCUCGUCGACCUGAUCUACUUCUACCAAGAUGGGAAGAUUUACUGUGGCAGGCACCACGCCGAGUGCCUCAAGCCCCGUUGCGCAGCGUGCGACGAGAUCAUUUUUGCCGACGAAUGCACCGAGGCCGAAGGCAGACACUGGCACAUGAAGCACUUUUGCUGUUUUGAAUGUGAAACGGUGCUGGGGGGCCAGCGGUACAUCAUGAAGGACGGCCGGCUGUCCUGCUGCAGCUGCUUCGAGUCCCUCUACGCCGAGUACUGCGACACCUGCGCCCAGCACAUCGGUAUUGACCAAGGCCAGAUGACGUAUGACGGUCAACACUGGCACGCCACCGAGACCUGUUUCUGCUGCGCUCAGUGCAAGAAGUCCCUCCUGGGCCGGCCGUUCCUCCCCAAGCAAGGGCAGAUAUUCUGCUCCCGGGCGUGCAGCGUCGGCGACGACCCCAACGGCUCGGACUCAUCGGAUUCGGCGUUUCAGAACGCGAGAGCGAAGGAAUCCCGCCGCAGCGCCAAAAUCGGCAAGAACAAAGGGAAGGCCGAGGACAGCAUGUUAAAUCCGUGCAGCCAGCUGCAGGUGACCUCGAACCGCCUUUCCACAGACGUGGAUCCGCUCUCGCUGCAGAUGGAUUUGCUGAGCCUCUCCAGUCAGACACCCAGCCUCAACAGAGAGCACCUGUGGAGGAGCAGGGAGGAGCUCUAUCACUACGGGAAUAAAAUGGAGCAAAGUCAAUCCCAAAGCCCUCUGCAACUCCUCAGCCAAUGCAAUAUAAGGACUUCGUAUAACCCCAGCCAGGUGCCAGCCUCUCAGCCAGAUUUAUGGGCUAAACAUUUCAGCAACCCAAAGAGAAGUUCCUCGCUGGCAAUGAAGGGGCACAGCAGCAGCUUCAUCCAGGAUUGCAGAGACGACUACUAUUCAGGAAGACUUCGCUCACAGGAGAGCUACAGCGAUAUGUCCAACCAGAGCUUCCCCGAGACCAGAGGAAGUGUGAAAGUCCCAAAGUACGAAGAAGAAGAAGAGGAAAGCGGGAUGCCGACACAGCAGUGUCGGACCCGGCAUCCCAUCAACGCACUUAAGUUCACAGAGGACCUAACACCCACGGAGCAAACUCCGCGGGGCUCCAUGGAGUCCCUCGCGCUUUCGAACGCAACAGGCCUUUCUGCAGAUGGCGGAGCCAAGCGCCAGGAGCAUCUCUCCAGAUUCUCGAUGCCAGACCUGAGCAAAGACUCUGGCAUGAACGUCUCGGAGAAGAUGAGCAACAUGGGGACACUGAAUUCCUCCGUGCAAUUUCGAAGCGCUGAAUCCGUCCGCAGCCUCUUGUCCGUGCAGCAGUACCAAGACAUGGAGCCGAACCUGCACAACCUCGCCAGCCCCAUCGGGUACCGAGAGCGGCCGUCGCACGGGAGAAUGCACCAGAGCUUCGACUACGGCAGCGGGGUGCCGGCGAGCAAACUGGCCGCGCAGGACGGCGCUAGGCACGCCCCCAUGAGCGAGCGCACGCGCCGACGAACUAACCUGCGGGACGACGACCGGCAUUACCGCCCUCACAGGCCUCGGCGGUCUCGCCGCUCCCGUUCGGAUAACGCCCUCCACCUCGCCAGCGAGCAGUGCUGCCGGCUGAAGGAGCGGCCGUCCCUGCGAGCCAGGGAAGACUACGACCAGUUCCUGCACCAGAGGAGCUGCAGAGAGGCCAUGGAGCACGGUCCCCGCAGGGACGUCUACGGCCAGUGUCCGCGGACGGUGUCGGAUCUCGCCUUGCAGAACCACCUGGGCGAGCGGUGGGGGCCCUACUUUGCCGAGUACGACUGGUGUUCGACUUGCUCCUCCUCCUCGGAGUCCGACAACGAAGGCUAUUUCCUCGGGGAACCGAUUCCACAACCCGCCCGCCUCCGGUACGUGACCAGCGAAGAGCUCCUGCACAAGUACGGCUCCUACAGCAUGCCCAAGUCUUCCACCUUGGGCGGCAGAGGACAGUUACACAGCCGGAAAAGGCAAAAGAGCAAAAACUGUAUCAUAUCCUAAUGGCAUCCUUGCCGGGCACCUUCAGAGAAUGUAAAUGAACUCACAAACUUGCACUGUUUUAGAUCAUGUAAGCGCUUUUGUUGUAACAAAAAGACCUGAAGAUUAGGGAUUUGUAAGAAGGUUGUAGACUGGCUUCUAUAAAUAGUCAUAAUCGUGGGCACAGUGAAUAUAUUUUGCACAUCUUUCUUUGAGGAAAAAAAAGUUCACUUUAGCCUUUAAUAUUUACCUAGUAGUUUUUCCUCUUUCUCCCAAAUACUGCCACCCUUUAAAGUUCCGUUUGUCCGUAUGUUUUAGUUACCACUGUUUACUAUAACCAUCAGUUUGCUAGUAGCUUUUGCUUUCCACCACGCUUUUAUUUUUCAUUACCCAUUUUGGUAAGUAAUUUGUCUCUCUCAGACAGUGCGGGAGCCUAAGUUAUUUCCAUGAUUGUUGUAAAUGCAAUGUAAAUGAGAGUUUGGAGAAAAUAUUUUUGUAUUUUGUAAUAUCAGAGGAAUUUCUAUAUCUUAGGAGUCACUGGGAAAAUGCAUGCACAUUCAUAACUGUUUUCAGCCAGAGCUAAACAAAUGGUACUUUGGAAUCCCCUUUCCAUUUCAUCAUCAUAUUUCUUAAGUAUAUCAGUGAAUUUUUGAGUUGUUAUUUGUUUGAGGGGUUUUUUUUAACUUUUUUUUUUUUAAGUUUGUUUUGUUUCCUGGUAAAUGAAGAGAACAUUUUCUGACUCAUUAAAUCUUGAAGAGGCCUCGGUGGCAUUUUGAAGUCUGCUCACACCUGUGAUUUUCAGGUACACUCUAUCAGUCAAAUACAGGAAUCCUGGCCGUUGCAAAAGUGACUUUUUUGUUAAACAGAAAAGAACAGAACUACCAAAUGUCUGCAAAGUUGUAAAUGACCAAAGCUGGAGAAGGAAUUUUACAUCUCUGUAGAGAAUGCUGAAGUUACUAAACGUUGAACUAUUAUUUGGAGUAAAUAAAAGUGUAAUGGUGCAAUUGUGUGAUGUCAGCAUGACGUUGUUUUGAGUAUAGACUUGUCUUAUGGUGCUCUAGUUUCCUGGGUUAUGUUAACUGCUGUUCAUUACCAAGUGGAAGUUUCAAUAUUGCCUACUACCUAACACGUUAAGAGAACGACUGCAAGCUACUCCCAGCGGGUCUGGUCCUGCCCUGGCGAGACGCCCUCGCCUCUCCGAGGCUGGUUGUCGCCGGGGCCUUAUCCCCAGGGCGGGAUCAGGCCCCGAUUCUGGAGCUAGAACAAACCAACAAAAGCAUCAACAUGGUCGAGUGUUAUAUAAAUAGGGCUCAACUGUAUUGUAUUAUGGUGGAUGUGAGUUUUUCUCUGUACGCUUUUAAACCAUUGAGGUACUGACAUCGAGGUGUGUCCCGGCGCGUUGUCCAGAGGGACAGCGGAGGAGGCAGAUGUUGCGUGGGAUUGCAAACGAGUGCGGUUUCUCGCAGCGGUUCCCAGGGCACGGCUUCCUCGCAGCCUUUGGUGCUGGGAGGGGGAGGACGGGAGGCCCCGCGUCCCCCCUGCCGACGCCGGCGGCAAAGCUCCCGUUGCCCUCAGUGGAGGAGCAUUUGCAAAGAGGCUCUUGGCACCUAAAGAUGCAGCCGGGCACUGCAGCGGGUUACGGAAACCUCUGCUUUGACCCGCGCUACGCCUGGGAGACGUAGCCCCGCUGCGCGGCACUCGUCCCAAAAGCUUUAGGAGCAUCAUGGGGUGCCAGAGCGGGGCUGGCGCUGGCCUGAGCACCCUGUCCAAGAGCGUGGGAACAAAGCAUUGCCUACUCAAAGCAGCAGAUACAGGAGAUCUUGACGGUGGAUGUCUCCAUACCACAAACUAUUGCUAGGAAUUUUUUUGUUGUUUGUAAAGGACAGUGUGAUAAUUAUUAUUCCUUUAAAAAGAAAAAAAAAACCACUUAAGUAUAUUUAAAAA